GAGGUUGUCAAGGAAAAGGAAAUUAAAGGAGUAAGCAAGAUUGUGCCUGCAACACCGAUUCACCGAGAAUACAGCCGAGUUUAAAAGAAGGCAGACAUGGUUGGACACGAACUGGAGGAGAGAACAAGGCGCGAAUAAGGAAACAAAGCAUCAGCAGCCAACCUUGGCCACCUUAUCGUUUCCAUCUAUAUACGGAAACCACUGGAUUAUUUAUACGCCUCUCCGCCUCGCUCUGUGUGUGAGAGAGGGAUUGCUCUGCGCUCAGCCUCAACAUGCCGUGUCCUGCUGCUGUCAGUGCAGCUGCUGCGGCUGUCUGGCUGCUGGCCGUGCUGGGCCCGGGGCUGUCUCUUCCAGCUGAGGACGACUCUGAGCCAGUCGACAGCCUCUGCUCCCACUGCUUCUACAGGCAGACGCCUCCUCGGGGAGCCUCUGCAGGGUUGCUCUGUCACAGCCUGCCUGAGGGACAGGCGUUCGCCACUCUGUCCAAACCGGCCUGUGGCACUGCCGUCUUCUCUGCCUUCCAUCUCAGCCGCAGACGGGCAGAGAAGGAGGGGGAAGAGCUCGUGGAAGAAGAAGAAGAAAACAUUAAAGUAUCCGUACCAGCCCUUCUCAGAGGAGACGAGGAUCCUUCUCAUCCUGUCUCGCCCACAGACUGCACGCUUCAACACUGGGACUCAAGAGUCACAACACUAGUCCAGUCAAGCAUCUCUCCCCGGUGCAGCACCUUAGGGGGUGAUCUCUACAUCCUGACCGGUGCAGGGGGUCUCGGGGCUGCUGACGAGUGUCAGACAAAGCCACAGUGGUCUGCAGUGUGCUGCGCCGUCCCAGAGGGGAAGAGUGGCUUCAGUAUGGGGUUAAUCAGGGAGACAGGGGAAGGGGAGAGGCAAGUGACCGUGAAGGAGCUGGAGGAGAUUCUCGGAGGGGCAGAGCUGUUCUCAGAGGGCUGUGGAGGAGCAGACGGGGGGAUGGUUGGAAUCAGAGUUGAUCUUCACAGUGAGGGGCUCCCUGGAAACAUAGACAAGCUGGAUGCAGAUCUUACUAGUGAAAACACAGGAGAUAAAGAUGUAGAUUCAAACACUGCUGGUCGAGUCACCGAAGGAGAGGAAGUUGGUUCAGGUGCCACUGAAGGAGAGGAGGCUGGUUCAGGUGCCACUGAAGGAGAGGAGGUUGGUUUAGGUGCCACUGAAGGAGAGGAGGUUGGUUCAGGUGCCACUGAAGGAGAGGAGGUUGGUUCAGGUGCCACUGAAGGAGAGGAGGUUGGUUCAGGUGCCACUGAAGGAGAGGAGGUUGGUUCAGGUGCCACUGAAGGAGUCGAGCGGCGUGAAGUGACACAUUCAAGAGCUGUCAGAUCAGGGUCUUCUGAGUCCUCAGCUGACCAUGAAACUGUGGAUAAACCAGAGACGGACACAAAUUCCAGCAGCACUCUGGUGUAUGUCCUCUCCACCACCUUGUCCAUCCUUAAAGCUCCGCUGCACCCAGUGUUCUCCACUGUCACUAAGUUACCUGGACAGGUGACAUACGUUCUUCAGGAAGACCUUGGGGUUCUGUCGGCACUUCCUGGUGAAACCUACUCCCUAUUUCACCUCUUGACUUCUGACCUCUUGUCUUGGACCGGCUCAGCUGGAGAAACGCUACUGGGUAUUGGGGAAAACGGCUGCUCCAGCAUCUACUACUGCUCCUCCUCCAUGCUGGGGGCCCUGUUGAACAGCUGCCACACUGGGGUCACCGGCAUGGGCACCCUGGCUGGAGACACAGUGGGGAUAUUUGGCGACGCGUUGGAUACUACUUGGUGGGUGACCAAGUUCUUCGGAGGCCGGCUGUGGAAGCAGAGCGAGGGUUACGUAGGAACAGUGAUGUCAGAGAUGGGGGGUCAGGUGAAAGCUGUCGGUGGAGGGUUGGGGAGGCUGGUGUGGAACAGUGGAAAGGGGGUGGGUAACGUGUUCAGACUGGGAGGGGGUUUAAUAUUGGGGACGGUUGAUAUAGUCUCUGGUGCGGUGAAAGGGGCUUAUGGGCAGGAAUCAGAAUGA